UUGUUGCGAAUUGUGUUUUUCUAUUUUAACUCCGAAAGAAGUUCCAUAAACUUCAUAUUCGUAUCCGUGUGAUAAUUUAUUCAAUUUGUGUGUUGGAUUCGAUGGAUAAUAAUAUUCUUGGUCUUCUCAAACUUCGUAUUAAAAGAGGUAUUGAUCUUGCAAUUCGUGAUACCAAUUCUAGUGAUCCUUAUGUUGUUGUCAACAUGGGUGAACAGAAGUUGAAGACUCGUGUAGUGAAAAACAACUGCAACCCUGAGUGGAAUGAAGAAUUAACCCUUUCUAUAAGGGAUGUUAAAACUCCAAUACAUUUGACAGUUUAUGACAAAGACACUUUCUCUGUGGAUGACAAAAUGGGUAAUGCAGAUGUAGACUUGAAACCAUAUGUUGAAUGUGUACAAAUGAAGUUGUCCUCUCUCCCAAAUGGUUGUGCAAUUAAGAGGAUUAUACCAAAUAGGACUAAUUGCCUUGCUGAAGAGAGUAGUUGUGUUUGGAAAAAUGGAAGCAUUGUCCAAGAAAUGAUUCUAAGAUUGAAAAAUGUUGAGAGUGGAGAACUUGUUGUGGAAAUUGAGUGGGUGGAUGUUCCUGGUUGUAGAGGUCUAUUAGGUAUACAACUUUAAGGUGGACGUUUCAUUCAACAACAAUCAACAAAGUCUUAUCUCGUUUGGUGGAAUUUUGGAUAAAUCGAAAUGAUGUCGUAAUAUUAUAUUAUAAAUUAUAUAAAGUAGUGAGACUUUAUAUAUGCUAGCUCUAGUUUUAUAUAUGUGAUGGUAAAAUGUAGUGUGACUAAUCCUAAAUAGUGACUACUUUGUGUAAUUUAUCUUAUGCAGUUAUCUAUAGAAGUUAAUAAAUUGACAUAA